AAGGAAGAAAGAGCGCCUGAAAAAAGGAAAAAUGCGUGUUGAGAGCGUCUCUCUCUGGAAACACCGUUCCAGACUCACGCAUCAGGAUGGCCAACCCAGAUUUUUCGAUUGAGCUUGGUUCUUGGAGUUCGUUGGAGGAAGUUGAAACCUUUGGGCCUUUCCGACCUCGACUUGGUCAUUGGAAUACUGAUUUGCGAAUUCAUUUUAGGAGGUGCCGAGCGAUAAUUGGAAUCUAUGCGCGAAGGUUACUGUUCACAGGAUUUCAUUCGCAGGUUUUUUCAGUACAGAUUUGGGUUUCAGUAAAUUAGUUGAUAUAGUUGUCGAUUACUGGUCUAUCCGAACGACCUAGGGUACCUGGUUUUUGUUUUUCUGCACUCUCGUUUUUUAGGUCUGAAAAUCGGAAAUGCGGAAAAAUAAUCGAGAAAUGGGGGGAAACACCAGGAUGCGAACUACUCGAGCUUCUUCGAGAUUUGAUGUGUUGGGAGAUAUUGAUGUUGAAUUCCCAAUCCUAAAUAAGGAAAAACCUUCUGUGAACUUGGUGAAUAUGAACGAGUUUCCCCCAAUUCAUACCUCGGUGCAGCAGGGGAUUGACCACAAGAACAGGGCUGCGAGUUCGGCAACUGCUGUAUCUCCUGCGUCACAAACUAGUGCUGCAACACUUGAUACAUCUGCUGUAUCACCUGUGAUUUCUGUUCCAGAAAAGGAGGUGACCAAUGGGACUACUUCUACACCGACUGUGAAGGAUCCUCCUAGGGCUGAACAGACUGUUUUAUCACCAAAACAAUUGGCAGAGAAUGCACAGAUUGAACCUAGUUCUGGCCAUCAUGAUGGAUUGAGGGUUGCUAAAGCAGGAGGUUCAGCUGCUACAGGGGGAUUUCAAGCUGAUGAAGUGCAGCCUAUUACUGAAGUUGGGCGACUUGGACAAUUUACCGAAACUCUGGGAAAAACAAGGACUGCUGUUAACAAAACUGCUGCUACUCCUGGGUUGACGCCAAGUGGAGAAGCAGGGGACAGAAAGGGGAGAAAGGAGCCGGAUAUAGUUGCUAUUACUGCCAAUUUGGAAAUACCACCAAAGGAGAAAGCAUGGUCAUCCCUUUUCAAGGAUAACCGAGACCCUUCAAACGGCCUAAAAUUGAGGUAUAUUCCGCCGAAAGGCAAAUCCUUAGACUUCGGUGAUAGAAUAUUGCCCUCUAUGAUUGAGAUGUGGGGAUUUUGUCUUGUUGGAUAUAUUACCGGAAAAUUUCCCGGACUUAAGGCCAUUUAUAACUUGAAGAAUACCUGGGGUGUUAGUUGCCAAAUCAAAACACAUGCUAAGGGAUGGAUUAUUUUCAAAUUCCAAAAUGAUGGGGAUAGAGAAAAAGUGUUGAAUGGGGGUCCCUAUACCAUUUUUGGAAUGCAACUAUUGCUAAAAUCACUUUCAGAGGACUUCUCCUUCGAUGAUGAUGAAUUUCUUAAAGUCCCCAUUUGGGUUAAAUUUCCCAAUCUACAUAUGAAACUAUGGAAUGAAGAGGCUAUGAGCGAGGUUGCAUCUAUGGUAGGGGUCCCGCUUUCUACGGACAAGGUCACUCAAAAUAGGAGCAAUCAUCAUUUUGCUAGAGUUCUAAUUGAGGUGGAUGUGUCUAAACCGCCCCGGUUAUCAUUUCCUAUACGAUUACCUUCUCGUAAAGUAGUCAAUCAAAUGGUGGUUUAUGAAACCUUCCCCAAUUUCUAUUUCCAUUGUAAAAUGUAUGGGCACCACCCUUUCAUUUGCAAAAAAUUGGCAUCAAAAGAACGAGACUUGGCUAUUGUUGAUAAGAAGGAGGAUACUGUGAAUGAGGUUUCUCAAGUGGAAAUUGUGGAAAUUGCUGUACCUGCUGCCCAGCCAGCUGCCCAGGAGCCUCCAGAUGUUGCUGCUCACCCGACCGGGUGCUGCUCUGACCCGACCGGGUCUACUGGACAGACACUGUCCCAGGGGCCUGCCAGCGCUAAUUUGGGCGCUAGUUUGCACACUGACCAAGGGAUUGCAGAGACCGAGACUGUUGCCCAGGGGACUAAUACGACUGUUGUGCCCGAAUCAGAUAGGGAUGAUGACACAGAAGAUGAGGAAUCCGAUAAUGAGCCGAAAGAUGAGGAGGAACAGAGAAUUCUUGACGAAUACUGGGAAAAAAUUACAAAAUAUAAGAAGAUGAAGAAAAGGAUGAUAGCUGAGCCUGCUCUAAUAGGUUUAGUCUAAUUUGAUACUGUUUUUGUAUGGUUGUUUGUGUUUUGAUUCCUCUGUUUAGGUGGAUGUGGGGAAUGCCCAUUAUGUUGUUGAUGCUUUAUAUUUAGGUUAGAUCCAUCUAACUUAGAUAGUCUUCUCAGGCUUUGUGUGAUACAUUGUAAAAUGUUACUUUUGGGUGUCUUUUAUAUAUACUUACAUUUCAUCCAAAAAAAAACAUAGAGGAAGAAAUAGCUAUUACUAUAACC